AUGGGGCUGCAGGUGAUCGUCGAAAAUGCGCGGGGCUGGACUGUACCGUUGGGAGCUGUAAGACGCGGCCUGCAGGUAGCACCAGGUACCAAUAGUGCGAUACGGCAACCCGGCCCCAUCCGAUCAAUCUUUAUUCAACGACCUACUCAAAAUUACGACAUCAAAAUGGCAGUCGAUGUUAAAGAAAGACACAACUCCUACACGAGAGGAAACUGCUUCACGACCAUCGGUAUCAAGAAGCUCUACCCAACUCUCAGUCCCAAGAUCGAAGGAAUAAAGGGAGCAAAUUCAAACGAGAAAUAG